AUGAGUAAAAUUCCACAAUGGAAUUACUCAUUAGCAGAGAAAACAAUGAAAUCGGACGAACAUUAUUUGAAAAAAUCGACUACUUCACGAAGUAUUCAAACGAUGGAGAAGGGCAAAAUAUUGUAUUUUGGCGUUUUCAUUAUGGUGGUUGUCGCGUUCAUCUUUCAUGUUACUGCUAUGGGUCAUAAUCAUUGGAAGAAAGCAAGUCUCAGAAAUGGUACUGCCCCGGUUGGCGGUUUUUCUGAUCCAGUGUCAAUUGGUUUGUUUACUCGAUGCCAAACGUUUAAUAGUACGAGAGGAGAAUCAUGUGCUCCUAAUCUAUUUAAAAAUGAUGUUAAUUGCACUGCUUCGAACUGUUUGUUAAGAUUUGCAAACCCAUCUUGUUCCUGUGACUAUUUACCAUCAACGAAAGGUAUUGCCGCUUGUGCCAUCAUUGCUUCGAUCUUUCUCGGUCUUGCGAUUAUUAUUUUAUUUAUCCAUUCGAUUAACACAUCGGAAACACGUUCAAUCGGCUUGAUUUUGGGUCUAUUUCCAUUACUUUUACUUUUAUUCGCAUUCAUAUUUAUUCUUAUUACACUUAUACUGGUUGGAAGUUAUCUAUCACGAGAUAUCAUGAGCAUACUGGGUGAAUCAUCGGGAAUUACGGACAUACCAACACUUCGAGACAGAACUCGUGAGUAUUAUAAAGUCCGCGUCGAUUGGUCAACUGGCCUUGAAAUUAUCUCGUUAUUCUUUACAUUUGUGUCCUUGGUACUGUACAGUGCAUUUGUAUUCAAAUUCGGACGAUCAUCCUAA